AUGUCUGGAUCUAGUAGAGACAGAGAUACUGGUCGGAAAUGGGAAUCUGGUGCUUCCAAAAGAAAGAUUUAUAAGCAUUGUUGUGAUUUAGGUACAGUUCUUCAAGAGGGUGAAAAGAGCGACAUUCAAUCAUUUGAAUUAUACGAAGAAUUACAACUCAUAAUUUCAAGUCUACCAGACUUUAUUAAGGAUGCAAAACAACUCAUCAAAUACAUAAUAGAAAAUAAUUUACAAGAAAUAUAUCCAAAUGUUUAUAUAACAGUCAGAAUUAUGCUCACUAUUCCUGUCAGUACAGCUUCAGCAGAGAGAAGUUUUUCGAAGCUUAAAAUAAUUAAAAAUUACCUACGAAAUACGAUGACACAGGAAAGACUCUCAGCAUUAGCAGUUUUGUCCAUUGAAACGAAAAUUGCAAAUAAUUUAAAUUACGAAGAUAUACUUAAAACAUUUAGUGAAGCAAAAAGCCGAAAAGUCCAUUUCUUGUAG